AUAGGAUGCCCAUCUGCUCAUAUGUAAACAUUUUACAGUUUUAAAUGUUUUCAACAAACUUCCUAGUCCUUAUUGGAUUCAUAACCUAGCUGGAGGUCAAAGGUAAAAAAGAACCCUCUGGAAUCAGGCCUUUGAGAAGCUGAUGGUCCCGUUUCCAAGAUGCCCUACCACUGCGUGGCUUAUGGAUGUGGCAAAACUGUAGAAGAUGGGGUGACCUUGUUUAAGUUCCCAAAGGAUCCAGAUGAGUUUCGGAAAUGGGAGAAACAAGUUCAGAGGACCCGCGUGAAGUGGGCGGCCACGCAUUUCUCCCACCUCUGCAGCGAUCACUUCGGCAAAGAGUACUUUGAGGGGAAGCUGCCAUCAGGAGCUCUGAAGCUGAGGCCCGGAGCAGCUCCCACGGUGUUUGUCCGUCCACACUGCUCCCUCUGCAGCGGAGUGGGCUGCAGAAAGUGCCUGCCUUCCAUCCAGCACUGCACCAACUCCACAGAGCGCAGGGAUACUGAAGAAAGCAAGGAAAAGGAGGCUGAAGAUGAAAACAUUGGUAAAGAGGAAAGUUUGCCAAAAGGAAGGAGGAUCUCCAGGGGAAAGCAGAGAGGCGAUGAACCACGUAAGGAAGGAUAAUGAACAACAAGGCAUCUUACAG